CAGCAUAACAACAUGUGGCAAAGGCAAAGUGCGGUAUAACGGCAUCAAGAAGGCAGUAAUCGUCAGUCUAACAACCGAAGUGUGGGCAUUCAGUUUUUCUUCUAAGUUUGCUUAUUGCAUUUCAUUCUAGAGUUUAUUUUUCGCUUUUUAAUUGCAAUUUAAACAAAUUGCAGAAUAGUUAUAAAACGCAAAGGCAAAAAGCAAAUAUAUAAUAAGUAACGAGGCGAAGGAAAUAUGCAAUGCAUUCACCGAUAAACGCUUUCGAGUUGAAUGAGCGUCUGAUGACCGCAGUACAGACGGGCAACUUCCAUGGCGUGCUCGAUUGUCUGAUGGAGGGUGCCCGGGCAACCAUUGUUUCCACAUCGUGUGGGCGUACAGCUGUUGGCACCGCGGCGCUGGUGGGUGAUGCUGAGAUCCUUGAGCUGUUGAUACAAUCCUGUGAAGAACCUGAUUUGGAUAUAUUUAAUAGAAACCACUCCAACUCAUUUGAAAUGGAAACAGAGUGCACCCCGGACGGCAUGGAUAACCUCGAGUGGGAGGAUGAAUUUAUCGAAAACUGCAACGAUUGUGAGCAGAGUAGUGGAGAGCACGUAGCACAGGAUGCUGAAGAAACUUCCCUCUAUUAUUAUUAUGCCAAAACGUUCGAACGUACCGGUGCCAUUAUCACGCGCAUGGAUGAGCCAUAUGCUAUCGCCACGAACUGCGGACACCAGCAAGAUGUACAUCGCGCAGAUGCGCUGCUGAUGACACCGCUACAUUAUGCCGCAGCUUGUGGACACGUAGAGUGUGUGCGUGUACUACUCUCACACGGCGCCACAGUGGAUGCCGUUAAUAGUGACGGUUACACACCAUUACAUGUGGGCGUGGCCUAUGCGGAAGUGGCGCACAUGCUGCUGAAACACGGCGCCAAUCCGAAUUUAAAGACGCUAAACACCGGUGAAACAGCGCUGCAUUUGGCUAUAAGGAAUCAUUCCGUGGCAGUGGCCAAUGUUAUUUUGCAAACAAAUAUGAAUAUCAACGAAACGGAUGACAUCGAUCAGACGCCGCUGAUAUGCGCCAUAGUGGCUAACCUGGACGGUCUUGCGGCGACACUGAUCGAACGCAGCGCACGCAUCAACCUGCAGGACAAGGAGGGACGCAACGCGCUCUACUACGCGGUGGUGCAGAAUAAUGUGCCGCUCACAGUGCGCUUGUUGCAACGUGGCGCACGGCGCAUCACUUCCCAUUACCUGCUGCACCAUUGCGUACGCUACAGCAUGCGAGAAAUGGCUGAGACCCUAAUCAGCCAUGGCGAUAGCUUGAAUGUGCGCAACAAGGAUGGUCUCACACCCAUUCUGAUUGCGAUACUCAGCCAAAAGAUCGACAUGCUGGAAUUCUUGCUGCGCGUGGCCACGGCGCAACAAUCACAGGGCAACACGAUAGUUGAUACCGUCGAAAACGAGUUGCUCAUCGCCGUGCAAUAUAUAGAUACCGUACAGGACUUCAUACCCAUUGCGCGCAUAUUGUUCGCGCAUAGUGAGGGGCGUUGGAUGUGUGCUUCAUUUACAUCGAUGUCGUGGUCGUGUUACAUUCCGUAUUGCCAGACGCCACUGGCGCGCGCCGUUAUGCUCAACAAAUUCGAUAUCGCCGAGUUUUUGGUCAAAGAGGGCGUGGACAUAACACAGGUCUGUGGCGAUCAUGGCAUCAAUCAUUUGCGCGCUACAAAUGCGUCUGGUGCAUUGGAGUUCGCCAAGUUGCUGGUACAUACUGGCUACAAAUUCCCAAUACUGCGUACCGAAUUAGCCAAUAAAUGGACCGACGAGCGACGUCACUUUGAAGUGGAAAUGUUUCGGCUGCGCAGCACACCCUUGUCACUGCAGUCGCUAUGUCGUAUUGUGAUAAGGAAUCAACUUUUAGGCCUGCUCAGUGGUUCGGCCGUGAUGAGACAACGAUACUCAACAACGAAGCGUGAAUCGAGUUUGAGUCGUAUGAUAAGUCUUUUGGGUGUACCAAAGAUACUUCAAAAGUAUUUAUACGAUUUCGAUGACUGCGCGUCUGUGAUGAAAAAUACCUGUAAUGUGGAUGGCGGUGGUUAGCAUGAAAAGUAAGGCUGUUAUAUAGGUAUAAGUGGAUAGUUCGUAAAGUUUUUUUUAGGAUUAAGAUAGGAUUUCACACAGUAAUAUUGGGUUGACGAACGAGUAAACUCAGCGUAUGUGUGGUACCCAUCUUUAACAUUACUGAGAGUCAUUAAAUAUGAGUAAAAGGGUUGGAUUGAACGUACACUUAACCUAAAAAUAAUGUAGAAUGAGUUAAAUGAUCGCUUUUCAAAGUUGAUUACGAAAUAUUAACGUAUUCAUAUAUUGAUAUUGUAAGUUUCAAAACUUACUUCCAGUCAUCAGUUGGUAUUUUUCGAUCAGCAUACGAUAGACUAGGCAUUAUUAAAGCAUGGCGGUUUGAACAGCUCGUCAAUUAGGUUAGGGGUUAGGUUAUAGUCAGACUCAUGAAAAAUUACCAAUUUCAAAUCAUUUUAUUGCCAGUAAAUGAUUUUAUUUUUUAAUUUUAUAGCAUCAUUAUAUAGGGCUUUGACUUGCCUUCCAGAAAUUUUACAAACAAAUUAAUAAUUUUAAAAGUAAUGACUGUUUGUGUUGCUCCAGCUCCAACAGAAGCUUAUUGAGGUGUCCAUUGCUAAUCCUUGAUUAUUCAUCAAAAAUCAAACGCACAAAAAAAUAAUUUUUUUUGAUGGAAAAUCUAGUGCCUGGUCGAUGCUUUUUUUAUUUAACAAAAUGGUGGUCUCUGUAAUCACUUUUUUUUCAAAUUUUUGAAAAAAAUAAUCGUUAAUAGUUUAUCGAAAUUAUAAAAAUACUGGGCAAUUGUUUUUCAUGUUUUCAAAAAUCUGUUUAAAGUUCAUUGAAAUCUACCGAGCGGUUUUCGAGCUACAGUAGUCUAAAAUUCAAAAACCAUAGUUUUGAAAAACGCAUUUGAAGGUUUACACGAACGUUACAGACCAUUCAAUGCACCUUUUCUAUUUAUCGAGUAAUUCGAAAAUUAUUUGUCGGAUCUACACAGAGAAUAUUUCUAAGUUGCUACACUUUAAGGCGUUAUAUACAGUUAGAAGCGAAAAAAGCGAAUUUUCCAGAAUUUUUUCUGACAAAACUUUUAAUUUGAUUGAUCCAAA